AUGAGCGUUGAAGGCACGUUGGCGUCGGGGGUGAAAGGCUUGCUGAUCAACCCAGAGGAUUUAUCCCCUACUGCUAGCAACAACAACAGCAACAACAACGACAACAACAAAAACAACAAUAGUGUUUCUCUCCUUCCUCCUUCGCUGAAACAAUUGAUCAAGAAACCAUCGAUGUCCACAAUGCUCUUCUCCAAUGGCCACCAUAACUCAACUUCCAAUGAUAAUGAUGACGACGAUGCCAGCAGCAUUUUCACCGCCAGAUCAUCCAGAAGAAGGUUCUCUCUCCAUAUGAAAUCAUUCUCCUCCUCGGGAAUCUCGUCAACAUCAUCGGGAAGAAGAAAUAGUGAAAACAAUCUUGGACUGCGAUCACCAUUUGAAAAAUCUCAUUUCUUCUUCUCUGGAGGAUCGGGCAGUAGUAGUAAUAGUAGUCUGCGAGGUGGUGGACCCGGCCCUGGGGUGACUGGACUGUCGUCUAGUACUUCCAGAAGAUCAUCUGCUUCAACCGAACAUUCGUCAAAAAGGUUCAUGGGGUUUAAAAAUUUCCGAUCAUUUGGAUCGAACAAUCAUCAUAAUCAUCAUAGUAACAACAGGCAGGAGAAAACCGGGGUGCAUAAUACUAGUAACCAGACCUCAAAGGAAUUUCACCACGAACCUGAUUCGCAGGAGGUAAAUGUCAAGAGAUUCUCGGUUAUUGCCUAUGAGGGCCAUAGUACUCGUCGAGCAUCUAGUGAAAAGGAGAACGAAGAUCAUAACAAAAUGGAGGAAGAAGAGGAGGAGGAUGACGAUGAUGGUUGGGAUUUUCGAUUCUCAGAAGAUAAUAAGCAACCUGAUGGUCUGAGAAUUAAGUUCAUUAGGAUUUGA